AUGGCCGGCACUCAGAGGUACCUCCGCUAUAUCGUCUUCGCCUUUGUGGCUCUCCUCCUUGUCUUCUUCUUCUCCUCGUCCACCGUCCCCUCCAGCCGCCUGCAGAGCGCGAGCGACAUAAUCAAAGAGCAGGGCUCGAGAUGGGGCGGAAGCUCUGGCACGGUCGGCGCAAAGGACCCCGCUGCCGCCGGCCAGGACGUCAAGAAGCCCUCGGUCGACGACACGACUCCCUCUCCUCCCAAGAACCAAUUGGGCAUGACCGCGCCCGGCCCGCGCAUGAACGCUACUUUCGUCACUCUUGCGCGUAACUCGGAUGUCUGGGAUAUCGCGCGCUCUAUUCGCCAGGUCGAGGACCGCUUCAACCGCAAGUUCAACUACGACUGGGUCUUCCUCAACGACAACGACUUCGACGAGACGUUCAUCAAGGUUACCACCUCGCUCGUUUCCGGCAAGACCAAGUAUGGCAAGAUUCCCACCGACCACUGGUCCUUCCCCUCGUGGAUCGACACGGACAAGGCCGCCAGGGUCCGUGAGGAGAUGAAGGAGAAGCAGAUCAUCUACGGCGACUCGAUCAGCUACCGCCACAUGUGCCGCUACGAGUCCGGCUUCUUCUUCCGCCACCCGCUGAUGCUCGACUACGAGUGGUACUGGCGCGUCGAGCCCAGCAUCGAGCUCUUCUGCGACAUCGACUACGACACGUUCAAGUUCAUGGCCGACCACGGCAAGAAGUACAGUUUCGUGCUGAGUUUGUACGAGUACGUCGAGACGAUUCCCACGCUCUGGGACAGCGUCAAGACUUUCAUGACCAAGCACCCCGAGCACAUUGCCCAGGACAACUCGAUGGCUUUCCUUAGUGACGACGACGGCAAGACCUACAACCACUGCCACUUUUGGUCCAACUUCGAGAUUGGUAACCUGAACUGGCUCCGCAGCCAGGCCUACAUUGACUACUUCAACCACCUCGACCAGGACGGCGGCUUCUUCUACGAGCGCUGGGGUGACGCGCCGGUCCACUCCAUCGCCGCCGGUCUCAUGCUUAACAAGGACGAGCUCCACUUCUUCAACGACAUCGCCUACUACCACGUGCCUUUCACUCACUGCCCGACUAGCGAGAAGACGCGGACGGACCUCAAGUGCCACUGCAACCCCAAGGACAACUUUGACUGGAACGGAUAUUCUUGCACAUCUCGCUUCUUCGAGGUCAACAACAUGCAGAAGCCAGAGGGGUACGACAAGCAGCAAUAA